AAAACGGAUCCAGCUGUGUGCGGCUGUGCGCCCUCAGUGCGUCACACUGCUCCGCUGCUCGGCAGACAGGCAGACAGAGAGGGAAGGAGGAAAAGAUGUCCGGUAUCAUGCUGCUGUUAGUAUCUCUGAGUUUGUGCUUGUUGUGGGCGACCGACGGCGCGGCGCGGAGCGGGGCACUGAUCCUGCGGGACGCCCUGGAGCGGGGCCCGGCCAGUCUGAACGACAUGUUCCGAGAGGUGGAGGAGCUGAUGGAGGACACCCAGCACAUACUGGAGGAGGCUGUGGACCAGAUAACUACUGAGAGUGCUAAAUCAUCUUUAACGUCACUGGAUCUGCGUUUGAACUACCACAAUGAGUCUAAGGAGAUGAUAAAGGAUGGAGACAAGGAGACCAUAAAUAAAACAGGAAACCUUCAUACUUCACACAUCCGUAUGGAGAUUUCUGGCAACUGGAACAGUAUGGAUCAUGAAUGCAUGGUGGAUGAGGACUGUGGUGACCUGAAAUACUGCCUGUAUGAGAUUGAGAACUCCAAGUGCCUCCCCUGCAUCCCAACAGAUAUGCCCUGCACAAAGGAUGAGGAGUGCUGCUCAGAUGAGAUGUGUGUGUGGGGCCAGUGUACAGUCAACGCCACCAAAGGAACAGAGGGCACCAUCUGUCAAGGUCAGAGUGACUGCAGGUCGGACCUCUGCUGCGCCUUUCAACGGGAGCUGUUGUUUCCAGUGUGUAAUCCCAGACCAGAGAAGGGGGAGUCCUGUCUGAGCCACCCAAACCUGCUGAUGGACAUGCUGGCCUGGGACCAAGAGGGACCUCGCGACCACUGCCCCUGUGCUGACGGCCUCCAGUGCAACCCUCAUGGGCGUGGAUCUGUUUGUGGAGAAUAGUACUGGAGAUGGUGAGAUCAUGAGGACGUUAUACAUAAUGCUGUCUGGGAGCUAUACUAACAUCCUCACUGAGCAGUCAUCAAAGAGCAGCCCACCUGCUGAUCAACACUUUAUAAAAGAAUAGGAUGUUGCUUCAGGACAGGACUUGCACUGUAUUAUUUAUGCUUUACUGCCAAUGUGUAUUAUAAGGAGCAAAUAAAAGACUUGUUUUUAGUUUUUACUGAGAACCAAGAAAAAAGAUGUUGUGGUAUCCACUGAUUCAAUAUGGAUACAACAAUUUUUUUGGUGGACCGCAGCAAAGUGGGGCCUGCCCUAUAAACUCUAAAGUCUGUCUCUGACUGAGUGAGUGAUGAUGUUUUCUUAUUGGCUGGUUGAGUGUUGGAGUUUCCCCAUUGGUCGUGCUCUUUCAAAAUCAAUAGGCAUAAAAGUGUUUGACCUCAGCUGCCGAAGGUACCAGGCCUUUAUUUGAAGCAGACCUCUAUUCUUAAAUCCCUCUGAUUUUAAGAUCCAGUGUGUAGGAUUUAGGGGGAUAUAUUAGCAGAAAUUGAAUAUAGUAUAAUAAAUGUGUUUUCUUUAGUGUAUAAUCACCUGAAAAUAAGAAUUGUUGUGUUUUUGUUACCUUAGAAUGAGCCUUUUAUAUGUACAUAUGGAGCGGGUCCUCACCCUCAGUCGCCAUGUUGCACCGCCAUGUUUCUACAGUAGGCCAGAUCGGACAAACCAAACACUGGCUUUAGAUAGGGCCAUUUGCGUUUUCUCGUCAGCCACCAUAGUUAGCAGCCCCUCCACGAGAGAAUCAGAAAAAACACUGAUUUUUAAUGUCAAACUGCUUUAAUCAGUGUUUUUACUGUUUUAAAACACCUAUUUUUUUUGUUUUGAAGAGGAAGAGUCCUUUGUGGAUAAUUCGGCUUACAGUAAAGACCUCCUGGACUUCUGGAUCUUACGUUACCGCAGAAAAAAGGUGGGCACACAUCAGCAGGUGCUGGGCUAGCGACCUGUCUGCAUCGUGCCAAACAGCAUAGAAGAAACACAGAUUUGUAACGUUACACUAUAUUCAGUGUUUUUACAAAUUUAAAUGUUUGUUUUGGAGAGGAAGAGACCUCUGUAAAUAAUUCGGCUCCUGGUAAAAACCUCCUGAAUGAUGAACGUUUAAGGAAUUCUAACUGGAAGAAGUUUCAGCCUAUGGCAAUUUGCAAGCCUCACCACUAGGUGCCACUAAAUCCCCCAAAGUCUUACACAUUGCUCCUUUAAAAAGUAUAUUUGGGGAUAUUUUAGUAGGAUUUUGCAGUUUGCCCCUGGAAAAAUUUUGUUACAUUAUACUGUUAAUACAAACGCAAUACUGCCCUGUAUCAGUUUAAGAUUUAAAGCCCUGUAGCAUUUCAGUGGACAGACCUUUUUCAUUACCUGAAUGUGCUUUUACAUUUGAAAAUUCCUGUCUAUAAAAAGCUUGAACUGUGCCCUCAUCGCAGACUUGUCUCCAGAGUUACUGUCUUAUCCUGAAGCCUGAAUCUUAUCCUUUUCAUUGGGUGGAGGGAACUUCUUGCAAUUGCAUGCCUUUGUUGACAUCGACCCCAGCAGGAUUUGAACCCUAGGCCUUCUGCAUGGAGGACGAGUGCUCUUACCACUACACUAGGGAGGCCCCUUCAUCACCAAACAAAGCAUUUUCUGUGAAAAAUUUGCAGGAGCGUUUGAAAAAUCCAGUGACUUCACAGUUCCUAUACAGUUCAUCAAAUGUAGCUAUUGCCAUCUUGUGGCACUCGUAUGUUAACACAAAAUGCCAUGUGACCAGGACAUUAUAACAUUACCACACAUACACUCAAUGACUGUGAUGGGACAAUAACACUUCAGAUGAGGAAUCCAGAGAAACAAAGUGUUGAAAAUGACAUGAUAAUAUUGUUGUAUGCAUUCAAUCAAACUGAUAGAAAUCCACAUUAUGCUUAGUCGGCAGGCAUAUUAUAUUACCCACCCAUCUCCUACAAAGAGACUAUG